CGGGGCCGCAGAAGGAACUACGUUUCGGGCGGGCCUCCGCGGCCUCUCCUAUGCGGGUAGAGCCCGGAAAGGGCCCAGCAGGGCCAGGGAACCCGGCGCCUCUGCCCGGACCGCGGCGCUGCGGCGCCACCUCGCGCCUGUUCGUCUGCCGCCGGGCCACAGCCCGGAAACCACACUUCCCAGCCUGCCUAGCGCGUCCGCGCAGGCGCGAAGAGCCUCUUUUUUUCGUUACCAUGGGAACGUCCCGCUCCCGGGUCCCGGUGGUUGGACCCUGUGGAGCGUCAAGCUGUUGCUCACCCUCAGGUGCCCUGGCGUCAGGUCCGGGUCAGCCGACUGCUGAGCGGGCAGAGCGGCAGCCUGGGGAGAGGAGACCCAGUGCUUCUAAAUGCUCGGUGCCGGGCGUCCGCGCGCUCCUGGGGCCUCGGCGUUCGGAGGCGAAGGGGCCGGGGAGGCCCGGGUUGGCGAGGCCACGUCCGGCUCUGGCCUGCGCGGCCCCGCUCGUUCCACGCCAGCGCUUGCCACCCCCGGCCGAGGGCGGGCGCGCCGCCGACAGGCACUCCCGGGGCGCAGGCCGCUGUGGGACGGUGCGGGACUUCUGGGGGCCACGGAUGUGCCUUUCCCUGGACGUGACCCAAGGCGAGCUUCUUAUACCAUCUUCCCAGCAGCCUCGCGUCCACCCUGGAGCCCGGCUCUUCCUCCCCGUGCUGCCUUCUCCUGUUUGCUCCUGCUCCCCGGGUUCAGGGACUGGGGUUGCUGCUGUGAUGCCGGUUCGAUCCAUGGCUCGGGAACUUCCGCAUGCGUGGGUGCAGCUGAAAAAUUUCUUUUGUCAGCUGAUCGACAUCCUCACCGUUUGUGACUUCCUGCGUUUAGGGCCCUGGCUCCAGGGGGCCAUUGUACAAUAUGCACCUGUUACCUGUGAGCAGUUAGCCCAUGACUGACCCAGCGGCUCUUCCCCUGGGUGUCCUGACCUGCUGCCUCAAGCCAGCAUCUUACCUCUGUGGUUUCCCUUAACCUUUCCCACGUCCUUAUCAGGGUAUUUGAUUAUUCCCCAUUUCCCAGCUAGAGAAACUGGAGAAUGGCGAGCUCUAAAUCACCGUUCCACAGUCACUCAGCCAGCCGGGUGUGGACCUGGGAUUUGAGUCCAGGUCAUCCCCUGACCAGCUCCUGUCUCCCCUUCACGUGCUCAUUUGUGCUGCAGAGGGAGGACUAGAGUCGCAGCUGAGACCUGUGACUCGGCCUCCGCGUAUCGCCCUCCCUAGGAGAUGAAGGGUAUUGAGAAUAUGAGGGUCACAGCUGGGGGCUCCGGCAGGCGGCCACAGGGGGAGGACCUGGGGAGGCUGAGGGCUGAAUGCGAGGGCCUUGGAGAGAGCCCUGGGGGCAAGAUGGUUAGCGUUGCCGGUGGACAGACCCAUGACACUAUGAAAGGACUCUGGAGAGGAGUUCCCGCUGUGGCACAAUGGGAUCAGCGGCAUCUCUGCCGCCCCAGGACGCAGGUUCCAUCCCCAGCCCAGUGGGUUAAAGGAUCUGGCGUUGCCGCAGACUUCCCCAUCCCGCCACAUGCCACGGGGUGGCCAAAAAAGAAGAGGAAAGGGAGACAAGUAAUCCGAAGUCGGGUGGACAGAGCAAAGGCUUGGGAGGAGGAGGAAGCUAAGUAACAGACAAGACAGCGUGGGCGAAGCCUGGAGGAGGGCUGGGUGGUGGGCCUUUCUUAGGGUCCCCCUUCCCAAGCUCUUGGCCCCUGCUGAGCUGAGCUGACCUCCCCCGGCAGGUGUGGGAGCCAGGAAGGGAAGGCCAGGAGAACAGCGAUGAGGGCCCGGGGGGGCGAGGGGCGCGAGGCUGAGCAAAGACAUGAUGUUCUGGGGCAAGCAUUUUAUUUGUUAAUACAAGAAUAGAAAUUCUGCAAUAAAUAUCAUCUAAUAAAUAA